AUGCCGUACGGUAGUUACAGCGGUGGUAACGCUGAUGGAGAGAAUGGUGGCUACCGUAGUGGGUACGGUGGCGCUAGCCGCGGUGGAUAUGGUAGCGGUGGGGGCUACGGAGGUGGCUACGGCGGUGGCUAUGGCGGUGGCUAUGGCGGUAGCUAUGGCGGUGGCUACGGCGGUGGCUAUGGCGGUGGCUACGGUGGUGGCUACGGCGGUGGUUAUGGCGGUGGAGGAGAUCUUGGCGCAGGACUCAGUAGGAUCAACUGGAACGAAGCUGAUCUUGUUCCAUUCGAAAAGAACUUUUACAAAGAGGACCCGCGAGUGACAGAGCGCUCAGAGCAAGAAGUAAAUGAGUUCCGUCGUGCUAAAGAAAUUACACUGCGGGGCUCAAAUGUUCCCAGGCCUGUAACUACGUUUGAAGAGACUGGAUACCCUGACUACAUCAUGCGUGAAAUCAACAAGCUUGGAUUCACGGAGCCGUCCGCCAUUCAGUCGCAAGCAUGGCCCCUGGCUCUAAGUGGCCGUGACCUCGUUGCCAUUGCCGAAACAGGCUCCGGAAAGACGAUUGGAUUUGCCUUGCCGAGCAUUCUGCAUAUCAAGGCGCAGGCGCCGCUUCAAUAUGGCGAUGGACCUAUUGCCCUGAUUCUUGCACCCACUCGUGAGCUGGCUGUGCAAAUUCAAAAUGAAUGCCAGCGCUUCGGAUCUGCAUGUCGUGUGCGCACAACAUCUGUGUAUGGCGGUGUGCCCAAGGGACAACAGAUUCGCAGCUUGCAGCGUGGCGCUGAGAUCGUGAUUGCCACUCCAGGUCGUCUCAUCGACAUGAUGGAAAUCGGCAAGACGAACUUGCGCCGUGUGACUUAUUUGGUGAUGGAUGAAGCAGAUCGUAUGCUGGACAUGGGCUUUGAGCCGCAGAUUCGCAAGAUUGUGGAGCAGAUUCGUCCAGACCGUCAGACACUGAUGUUUUCGGCGACAUGGCCUAAAGAAGUGCAGCGUAUGGCGUCGGACUUUCUGAAUGACUAUGUGCAAGUGAACAUUGGAUCGAUGGAACUCGCAGCAAACCACAACGUCAAGCAAGUGAUUGAGGUGUGCACCGAGUUUGACAAGCGUGGUCGUCUCAUUAAGCAUCUGGAGCACAUUAGUCAGGAGAACGGAAAGGUCAUCAUCUUUACAGGAACGAAGCGUGCCGCAGAUGACCUGACCAAGUUUUUGCGUCAAGACGGUUGGCCCGGUCUGGCCAUUCAUGGCGAUAAACAACAAGACGAGCGUGAUUGGGUUUUGAGAGAAUUCAAGUCGGGCAAUAGCCCGAUUAUGGUUGCGACGGCCGUUGCCUCGCGUGGUCUAGACGUAAAAGACAUCAGCUAUGUGAUCAACUCAGACUUCCCGACCAACACUGAGGACUACAUUCACCAGAUUGGUCGGACAGGACGCGCAGGCCGCAAGGGUGUGGCGAUCACCUUUUUCACUAGUGAAAAUUCGAAAUCAGCGCGUGACUUGGUUGGAAUUCUUCGCGAGGCGAACCAAGAAGUGCCUCCUGAGCUGCAGGAUAUGGUUCGAUACUCAGGUGGCGGAGGCGGCGGCUUCCGUGGUCGUGGUCGCGGUCGCGGUCGUGGUGGCGGCUUUGGUGGUCGUCGCUUUGGUGGUCCACGCAGCUCAGGUGCCAACAAUAUUCAAGUUGGCUCCAGGUGGUGA